UCUCAUCGUCUGUGCAUCUCUUCAAUCCCCCAUCAAUGGCGAAGCUAGCCCUAGGGAACCGCGAAGAAGCCACCCACCCGGACUGCCUCCGUGCAGUCCUCGCUGAGAUCGUCCUCACCUUCCUCUUCGUCUUCGCCGGCGUCGCCUCCGCCAUGGCCGCAGGGAAGAUGUUCGGGGGUGGAGAUUCGAUAAUGGGGUUGACGGCGGUGGCGUUGACGCACGCGCUCGUCGUGGCAGUGAUGGUCUCCGUCGGGCUUCACAUCUCCGGCGGUCAUAUCAAUCCGGCGGUGACGCUGGGCCUGGCUGUUGGAGGUCACAUCACUCUCGUUCGAUCCGUGCUGUAUAUCAUCGCGCAGCUGAUCGGCUCCUCCCUUGCUUGCCUCCUCCUCCGGUUCCUCACCGGCGGCCUUGACACACCGGUGCAUACAUUGGCUGUUGGUGUGGGUUCAUUUCAAGGUGUGAUUUGGGAAAUAGUCCUUACAUUUUCUUUACUAUUUUCUAUCUACGGCACAAUUGUGGAUCCCAAGAAAGCGAUCACGCCAGGGCUAGGCCCGUUGCUCGUCGGGCUUGUCGUCGGAGCCAAUGUUCUGGCCGGUGGUCCAUUUUCAGGUGCGUCGAUGAACCCGGCCCGGUCAUUCGGCCCGGCCCUUGCUACCUGGAACUGGACUGAUCAUUGGGUCUAUUGGGUUGGCCCACUUAUUGGUGGGCCCUUAGCAAGCCUUGUCUAUGAGCUUGUGUUCCUUGUUAGAUCUCAUGCUCCUCUGCCAAGAGAUGAUGAUGGUGCUUUCUAAGGAGUAAGGAGAUAAAAAACCAGAAGGUGAUGAUAUCUUUCUAUUUAUAGAUAGUUUAUUAAUAUGUAUUAUUGGCUUAAUUUGUAUGGUUUGAGUUGUGUUGCAUCUUGUGGGUUUUUAAUGUAUGGUAAUGUGUAAGGGAGUAUCUGUCAUGCGCCCAUGUGAUCAGUGUUGUUUGAUUAAUUGGAUGAGAGGCUGAUCUUAUGCUAUAUUUUGUUGUGGAUUGAGUAUUAUUAGUCAAUGGUUUUAAUUUGUGUUAUU